UGGAUUUGUGUAGAUUGGUGAUUCUUGCUGCCUGGGAAAUGGGCCCAUCCUCUUUAUGCAGAGAAGAGAGAUGGAACAUAGUUUGCUGGCCUUUAGGCUUUUGGUUGCCCAUGGAACUCUGGAGGUCGAGCUCACUGGCUUUUGCUUGCCUUUGAUUCAAUCUUAAAGAGCGAAAGAUGACUACAUCUGUUGCUUGCCUUUGAUUCAUACUUGAGUGAUAUGGCAUUACAGCCUACCAAAUAUCCAUUAUUCGAACUCACAUGAAAUAGAAAUCAUGUUAAGAAACAGUAUUUCAUAGCCUAUUCAUUCGCUUCCUAUAAUUUUUUGUGUAGAGGUCUAGAGGGCAAGCAAAGGAUGUUGUAAAAGCCCUCAAGAAGCGAAUUGGGCAUAAGAAUCCAAAGGUUCAGCUUCUUGCACUUACACUACUUGAGACAGUGGUUAAAAAUUGUGGCGACAUAGUCCAUAUGCAUGUUGCUGAGAAAGAUGUAUUGCAUGAGAUGGUGAAGAUAGUGAAGAAAAAGCCCGAUUUUCAUGUCAAGGAAAAGAUAUUGACACUAAUUGAUACCUGGCAAGAAGCUUUUGGUGGUCCACGAGCAAGAUAUCCCCAAUACUAUGCAGCAUAUCAGGAGUUGCUGCGUGCUGGAGCUGUAUUUCCUCUGAGAUCAGAGAGAUCUGCACCAAUAUUCACCCCUCCGCAGACACAGCCUCUACGAACAUAUCCUCCAUCCAUCAGGAGCCCUGACAAUCAACAAGAGGCACCUGAGACGUCUGUCGGGUCUGAUUUUCCUGCUUUGAGCUUGACGGAGAUUCAGAAUGCACGUGGUAUCAUGGAUGUGCUUUCUGAGAUGUUGAAUGCCUUAGACCCUGGAAAUAAGGAGGGACUUAGGCAAGAGGUGAUAGUUGACCUUGUAGAACAGUGCCGCAAUUACAAGCAGCGAGUGGUACGACUUGUUAACACAACAUCGGAUGAAGACCUGCUUUGCCAAGGCCUUGCUCUGAAUGAUGAUUUACAACGUGUACUUGGAAAACAUGACGCUAUUGCUGCAGGAAUCGCAGUUCGGGUAGAGAAACCAAAGUCCUCACAGUCAAUUGUAGAUGUUGAUGAUUCUGUUGCUGCAAAAAAGGUUGCAAGCAAAGAGCCAGAUCAAAGGUCUGCUGCAAGCACAAGCACAAGCGACCAGCCUCCUCUUCAGCAAUUACUGCUACCUGCACCUCCAGUUCCCAACGGUUCAGCCGCCCCUUCAGCUAAAAUGGACCCUAAAAUAGAUCUUCUGAGUGGCGAGGAUUUCUCUACUCCUGCAAAUGAAACCCCACUAGCCCUUGUUCCAGUCACUGAUCCAUUUGCUAAUAAUAACAAUUAUCCUGCUUCCGACCAAAACCUCUUAGCUCUUGUCGACAUGUUUCCUCAAAACAACACUACUGCCAACAGUAGUAAUAAUAUUAAUAAUAAUAAUAAUAAUAAUGAUGUUACCAGCUCUUUGAAUUCGAAUUCAAAUUUCCCAGUUGCCCUGGCUUCUUCCACAAAUCAGCUUCAGCUGCAGCCCCAGGGGCCACAACAGCCUGCCUCUCUUUAUCCUAAUGGAGGAAUUCCUAACUCUCUGAAGCCUUAUGACCAAGGGUCACAACUGAACCAACAAAGCUCUGCGUGGAAUGGUCAGCUUUCCCCUGGAAUGAAUACCUUGCAGCAGCAGGCACUAAGUUAUGUAGGUCCAGGCGACCAAGGAAGUGACCUCCCCCCUCCGCCCUGGGAAACCCAGCCUGUACAGAGUAACCACAUCCAAACUGGCCAACCAGGCGCAAUGCUACCCUUACCAAUGCCAACACCAACUGUCCCUUUGGGAGGUAUACAGCCCCAACCAAUGCCGGGCGGACAUAUGGGAGGUAUAUUGCAGCCCCCACCAAUGCCGGGCGGACAUAUGGGAGGUAUAUUGCAGCCCCCACCAAUGCCAGGUGGACAGCUUGGUGCCCUGCCACCUCAGCUAAUGCAGAAUGCCCAGUUCGGCGGCAUGUAUUCUCCACCAAUACAAACCAAUCAGCCAGUUGGUAUAUACUAUCAACAAAUGCUAGGGGGGCAGUUGAUGGGUUUUAACCAACAAGCCAUGUAUGGAGCUUAUGGCUUUGGGCAGCAGCCGGAAGCAGCUUUUUACAACCAGAGAAGACCUGCUUUUCCUUAUGCCAGUCCGAAUGAGCUUUAUCAGAGAAUGUAUGGGCUAUCCAUGCAGGAUAAUAACAGCUUAUACACAGGCAUAAGCCCUUCUCAUAUUGCUUCUACUUCCUCUUCUUCCUUGCUGCAGUCGAAAAAGCCGGCCAGGCCGGAGGAUAAGCUUUUCGGCGAUCUUGUCGAUAUCGCCAAGAUGAAGACAAAUAAACCCAAAGUUGGGACCUUGUAAAUUAGCGAGUUGAUAAUAUACAUAUUCUUGUUACCUCUCUUUUUUUUGUUUUGGCUUUUAUUCUGGUCCACUGCAGCCCCUCUUUAUUUGUAAAACCGACCUUUCGGUUGCCUUCUUUGUAUGCCAUACCACGGUUGCCUUCUUUGUAUGCCAUACCACGGUUGCGAUUCUGUACAUUCGUUUUAGCUAAGAAUGCUUGGUUGAUUAAGAGGCUUGAGAUAUCACGUUUUGCUUAUACCAAACUGCGAAUGUUCAUUCU